AUGGUGAUCAAGAACACAAAAGUGUUCAAGGCUGCCUGGCGACACGCUGCCCAACUCAUACAAAACCGGCUUCCAGAGGCCAUACGGCCAACACAUGCCCAACUUAAGCCAAUACUCGUAAGAAAUGCGCCUCAACAUGCGCUACACCGCAUUGCGCUGCUCAAGCAGAGCAAAGGCCGAUGGUACACUACGCACUCGGCCAUUUCAUCCACCAUCCGUCGGUUCACGUCUUCGGCGGCUCAAUCAGGCGUCAGGUUUGACAAGUCGUCCUUUCCGAAGUCGCGCAUCGGUAGCAUUGUGACCGCACACGCCGGCCGCACACCAUUUGCCUCCACUCUACGUCCUAACCUAACUGGUGGUACCCUAGGGCGCACUGCUGGAGGUUACGGCUGGGGUUCAGGCAGGACUGGAGGAGCUCGUUAUUUCUCUCAUGGACCAGCUGCACCUGCUCAGGUCAUCCAGAACGUUUCGCAGGCCGUCAGAGCAUUCCUCGUCGGCGGCCAGAAGGCCCAAUUCGAUGGUGUCAACCCGCACAAUGGCGAGAAACGCUUUAAAACGGUGACCGCUCUACAGGACUCGGUAAACCGCACCCUUAGCGGAAUACCAAAAGCCUCUCCUGGAGCUUAUGUCAGCUUCAACAUUAAUCCUACCGUCACGGCUCUUACCCCAUUGAAGGCUGUGAAGGGUUUCGCCUCCUUUGCCGUAGAGAAGGAGUCUCUGAACAGCGAGGGUCUUUUGAACAUUCUAUCCGUGGACUUCUCGCGAGCCGUAAAGGAACUUGCAGAUGUUUUGAAGGAUCUCCAACGUCUGUCAUCACUUGGAGACCUUCCAAUCUCGUACGAGCAAUCGACCCUCAAAGUGCAUUUUCCCGGCUGUGAUGCACAGUCAGUGGAAACGAUUUGCAACGAAUUGGAAGUACAACGAGGCGUUGUCCAUCAAGAGGAAGACUUUGAUGCCUUCGUCGGUACAGACAUUGCUUUACUAUUCCCUUUUGCUCCAAGCCAAACUCCUUCAGAGUGUGAAUUCUACAACGAGCCUGUCGUCGGCCGGCAACAUGUGCAGCCUAUUAUCAAUUGGCAACAUAUGCUAUCGCCAUCUACUGUUGAGUCAGAAGACUAUUCUGUGCGUUCGGAGCAGAGUUACGAGGUUCUUCACGAUGUUCUCUUGGAGACUAAUCCGUGGCUCCCGUCGUCGCUAUCUGGUUACGAUAGCUUGCACACUAGCGAAGCAGAUGAUAUGGAUAUACAUACACCUCUUGAGUACACAAAUGUUGAGGCUAUGUACAGGUUCAUGGCACAGUGCGAGUCAAGUGGACGAUGA